AAUGAUGACCGCCUCACUGUAAUCAACUGUACACAAAACAAAACGCAAAGCCCGGGCAGGUCCGACAGCUAGUGCCUCUGCUGCCCACGCUGGACAGCUCCCGGAUCCUGGAAGGACCAACACGUGUCCCACUUCCACGGGAGGAAAUCAGUUGGCGACUGUCUGCUGCUCUGAAGGAGGAGGAGGAGGAGAAGAAGGAGGAGGAGAAGGAGGAGGUGCGACCUGAAAUGACUGUGAUCGUCCCUCUCUCUGCCACUGAACCCCGGGAGGGGGGAGCUUGCAGUGCAGGGGCGGAUGAAACCCGCAGCUGAGAGGUGUCGGGGUUCGGAUGGGACACGCCGGCCGGAUUCUGCUCGCGUGGAAGUGAACUCGCGCUGGCGAGCUGCGCCUGGCUGCCUCCUCGGGAUCGGGACCGCUUACGUCACUGAGCUUUGUGCCGGACUGGCGACGGGAAGCUGCCGGUGCGGAGCGGUUUAACCGCAGCGAGGAGACGCAGGUAAACAGAGAGGAGUAGUUUGUCCCGUCCACUCAGCAUGAUCGGUGAAGGCGCUGUCUUCCAUCACAAGUGAGUGUGUCGAGAUGAACGAGGGUCGCAGGCAGGAUGGAGGAGCUGUCACUGUGGAGGCGGAUGUCCUCCUCCACGCCGUGAACCCUGACCUUGUCGCGCCUUCCGGCAACGAUGGGGAUUUAUCUCCUGGUUACGUCCAAGGAUUCCCGCAGGACGACCCGGAUUUUAGCCCCCCUCCGCUGUUUGAGAAGGAAUACCUGCUGGAUGGAAGGCCGAUGGAGAAUAACCACAUCGACCGCCAGAAAGGUAACGUCUCGUACAUCUCCAGAGCGGAUCAGUAUCACCUCUCCAAUGAUAACGGAGGUCUGCAACAAAACUGUGCGAGCAGUGAAAUCCACAACGGCGCCAAGGCGAAAGUGGGUUCCAAACAGGAAAGCGAUUGGUCAGUCCAGGAAGAUGGAAACCCAAAGUUCCAAAAAGAGCCGGAUUUAGUCAUCGAAGUCGGCGGGCAGAAGAUCGACGCUCACAAGGCUGUCCUGGCAGAGAAGAGUGACUACUUCAAAGCUCGGCUGUCACGCGACACCUUGAAAGUGAAGGGAGUGAGUUACAAGACUAUGUCUACAUUAAUCGACUAUGUUUACACUUCUCAGAUGAAUGUUUGCAAGGGCAAUGUCGUGGAAGUCAUCACGGGGGCCAAAAUCCUCCAGAUCCCCUGCGCCGUCGAGGCAGCCAUGGACUCCAUGUCGAAACAAAUCACCGCGGAGAACUGCUACGAGAUCCUGACCAUCGCCAAAAAGCAGCGGCUCAGUGAGCUGAAGGAGACAGCCUACGGCUUCAUGAGCGACAACUUCCUCCAGAUCCUCAAAGAUCCCGCUGCGUACGGGCGCCUCAACGGAUCCGAGCGGGAUCUGAUCCUGAAGAAGAGAAUGGAGGGGAGGAAGACUCUGAUGGUGGCGGAGAUAAGCGACGUGUUCGAUCGCGUUGGGAGCCGGCCGCCGAGCCGCUGCGGCAGCCGGCCGCAGAGCCCGUUGUCGGUUGGGUCUUUGGAGGAGAAUCACAUGAUUCACUGCUUUAACGAAACUGCGAAUGACUGGAGACCUUUAACUGCGAUGCCUGAGGACAUAAACACCAAAGGGUGUGGGAUCUGCACAAUGUAUAACUACCUGUUUGUGGCAGGGGGGAUAAAGGGCUACGGGGACAAGGGCAAGGUUUCUGACAAGGUCUUCUGUUACAACCCCAUCACCAACCGCUGGGCUGAGGUCAGACCUCUGACCCAGGCUCGUGCCCAGCUGAAGCUCGUGUCUAUGGACGGCUACUUGUACGCCAUUGGAGGGGAAUGCUUGUUUACAGUGGAGAAAUACGACCCUCGCAUGGACCGCUGGACCGCGGUUGCCCCCUUGCCCAAGGGAGCCUUUGCGGUGGCCCACGAGGCCACAACCUGCAGCGGGGAACUCUACGUUUCGGGAGGCUCCCUCUUCUACCGCCUUCUGAAGUACGACGCCAAGCGGGACGAGUGGCAGGAGUGCCCCUUCAACAACAGCAGGAAGAAGUCCACCGACAUGGUGGCUUUCAAAAGCUUCAUCUACCGCUUCGACGUCAACCGCGAGCACGGGAUCACCGUGUUCAAGUACAACAGCAUCGUGAAAAUGUGGCACGACUGCGCGUCGCAGAGGCUUGGGAGCCAUCUGCCCUUCAGGUGUGCCGUGAUCGGGAACUGCAUCUACUGUGUGAACAAGAGCCAGACUCUUCAGUUCGUGGUGGAGGAGGAGAACGCCUUCUUUGUCGAGGAGGCGCUGAGUUCUCCUGUGGAGGCAAAAGGUGUUCUUUUUCCUUUUGUUCUCACUUUGCCUGAAAAGCCUGAGAAAUGUACAUAGUGUGUGUGUGUGUGUGUGUGUGUGUGUGUGUGUGUGUGUGUGUGUGUGUGUGUGUGCGCGUGUGUGUUCCAGAACAACACAAUAAAUGUGUAAUAGUGAAACUGGAAUAAGCAGAAGAACUUAUAUACAUUCUUCGAUGUCAGCUUUCUAUCUCAGUGUCUCAUGGCCUGCUUGCAAUGGAAUGUGUGUAUUUGCAUGGCAAUUUAAUGUGUCUGCAGGGUUAAGCCUUAAAAGGAGAACUUUUUUUUUCUUUUUUCUUUUUUGAAUAAAUGCAACAAUAAUUGUAUCUGACUGUAGAUAAUGACAUGAUGACAGUGACUAGGUUAUUUUGUGUAUUCCCUGUGUUACAGUUUGGUUUUGUGCACUUUUUGUAGUUAGAAUAGAUUUUAUUUAGAACAUAUUAACUAGUUGACUGGUGGCAAGUGUUAAGUUGAAAGUUGUAUAAAAAGAAGAGUGGAAGCGGUUGCAGAGCGCCUUAUGAACGAUGCAACACAGGUGCUAUGCAAAUGAGACAGAAUAGACAGGUGGGUCUGCUGUAAUGCUAUUUAAUAGUUUCUAUAAUGGGAAUCUGACCUGGAAGGAAGACAAUAAUUCUUCAAUCUAAGGCUGCAACUAAGGAUUAUUUUCAGUAUUUGUUUGUGAUUAAUCGAUUGAUUGUGUGGUCAACAAAAUGUCAGAUAUUAAAUGAAACAAUACAUUUAGUCAUUUCCCAUACCCCAAGGACAUGCAUUUGAGGGUCCAACACCCAAAGAUAUUUGGUUUAUUUUUACCAGAUCAUCACAUUUGAGAAACUAAAAAAAGCAAAUAUUUGCUAUUUUUACCUUGAAAAAUUAUUCAAAGUAGUUUCAGAUUAUCAAAUAAAUAAAAUAAUCGAUGAGUCAUUGCAGCUCACUGGUCAAAUUACAAUCAGUUAAAGAGUAACUGUAUCAGUGGUACACCUCACAACUAUUCCCUUUGCAAAACAUUUAAAGUGCAUGUUUACCUUUUGUAAUUCAGGGGGCCUUUUCAGGGAAAGCAGUUUUGAUUUUUAACUAUCAAGUAUCUCCAAGAAGCUAAAAACAAGAAAUAUUAAACAAGAGGCUUAAACUGAAUUAAACAUAUUAAAUACAAUCGGAAACUGAACUUUAAGUACGUAUAUUUAUUUUUGCAUUCAGAAUAUGCUAUUCUGCCCCUAGUGCAUACUCUACUCACAGGUGUCACAGGUCCUACAUUUAGCAUACUUGCCAAAGAUAAAUAAUUAUCAAAACUGACAAAGACUUUUGCAUCUUUUGGGGAUUAAGUUCCUGACAAACAGCAGAGUAAAUUAAAUAAAUCUAAAGCAAUAGGUGGUUUUCUAAGAGGAAGGGCAUCACAUUUGCUGUUAACAGGCACUUUCUGGGAAGUUGAGGGAAAGUAAGCCAUUUUUAAUACAUAAAGAUGCAUCUCUUCUAUUUCUUUCCCUGUUAGUGUUUAAGGAAACAGCAACAGACCCAUGUUUAGGUCAAAGAUCAAAUCCAGCACUACAGUGCUGGAACAUGGUCAGGGUCAUGGCCCUCACUGCGUCCACAAACAAGACAUCCUGCUGGCAUGACACUCAAACCAUUUUUUGUUUGCAUCAGUGCACAAUAAUACAAUAAUUUGUCUAAACUUUCUUCCUUUUAGACAUUUCACAGUAUUUUUUUCACAUAUGAAUGGAAGCUCGUGGUGAUACACUCUUGCUACAUAUUGCCUUUGAUAACUUUUUUAGGAAUGUCUCAAUGCAGUCAAUGUGACGAGGACGAAAUGGAUGUGGUUUUGAUAUUUCGCUGGAUGGCGUCUGUAUUUUUGUGAUUUCUUUUGUAUGGAUUUGCUGCUGUGAUGCACAGUGAAGUGUGAGGCUUCCUGUUAUGGAGUGGGCUAACAAAAUAGCUGUUGGAUAAUGUAUAUCAGUCAGAACUAAGUGCUUCAAAUAAAAUAUUUUGUGUCUG